UUAGCUAAAGCAAGUUUAAGCAAUGUGUUUUGCUUACAAAAUUUUUGUUUGUUUUCAUUAACGUAGUGCUGGGUUUUCACUGUUUGGUAGUGACAUGAUGAAGUGUUGAUUUUUAUAUAACUUUUUGGAUUUGCAUGUGAUGUAAGUUCAUUCUUUUGGGAUUGCUUCAUUUCUUUGUAGUCAUUUACGUUGAGAAGGAAUUAAUUAGUUGUUAUACUCUUAGUUUUAGAAUUAUUGGUGGUUUUCUAGUUCACGUUUUUGCAUAGAAUUUUCAGUUAUUUUAGACCGCGGAAUUUGGAGUUAAGUGAGUGGGUUCCGUGAGUUUUAAGGAUUGGUUUUAUCUCCUCUCAUUGAAAGCUAUGUAGCUUUCAUUUUGUCGUGGUAAAGCUGUGGCAAGUUUAGCCAGGCUGCUAAAGCUAGAGGAAGCAUGUGGGGUUUUAAUAUAUUUAAGUAGUUCAAUGUAUUUUAAGUUUAUCUUUUGAUGUUAAAUGUCCCAAACAAGUUUUAAAUCAAAUUAUAGUAAAAUUUAGUUAAUUUAUUGAUGUCAGUCAAAUAUUAUUUGGUUUCGGAUAUGCUUUUGAAGCUUGCCAAAGUUUAGAUCUAUAUGUUGGGUUGUGUAGGUUGGAGUUGCUUUUAAUUUAAUGAGUGAAAGCUAAUUUCUAGCUAUUCAAACUUGAAGAAUUUGUUUUGUGGUGGAUAGAUUAUGGUGUAUGUCUGAUUGGGAUUCUUUAGGAAGUGGAUUGUAACAUCACAUGAAGUGUGAUCAAUUUGCAUCUUAUAAACAUGGGGCUCAGCGAGCCUAAUGGCCACAGGAGACUGGAGAGAAAAGAUCAUCAUAUCCAAGAAAAUGGUGAUUCUGAUUUAACUAGCGUUGGUGAUGAAUUAGACCCGUGGACAGCAUGGGCAUACAAGCCUCGUACCAUUUCAUUCUUGCUUAUUGGUGCAUGCUUUCUGAUUUGGGCAAGUGGAGCUCUUGAUCCUGAAAGCACUGCAUCUGGAGAUCUUGUUACAUCUGUCAAAAGGGGUGUAUGGGCGAUGAUUGCAGUUUUUCUUACUUACUGCUUGUUGCAGGCACCUUCUACGGUUUUAAUUAGACCACAUCCUGCUAUUUGGCGUUUAGUUCAUGGAAUGGCUGUCAUUUACCUUGUAGCUCUCACUUUUUUGCUUUUCCAGAAGCGUGAUGAUGCUCGUCAGUUCAUGAAGUUUCUCCAUCCUGAUCUUGGUGUUGAACUUCCAGAAAGGUCAUAUGGUGCUGAUUGUCGCAUUUAUGUGCCUGAAAACCCCACAAGCAGGUUUAAGAAUGUUUAUGAAACACUUUUUGAUGAAUUUGUUCUAGCACAUAUUUUUGGAUGGUGGGGAAAGGCUAUAUUGAUCCGUAAUCAACCACUUCUAUGGGUUCUGUCAAUUGGAUUUGAGUUGAUGGAGUUUACUUUCCGCCACAUGUUACCGAACUUCAAUGAGUGCUGGUGGGACAGCAUAGUUCUAGACAUUUUGAUCUGCAAUUGGUUUGGCAUCUGGGCCGGAAUGCAUACUGUUCGGUACUUUGAUGGGAAAACAUAUGAGUGGGUUGGUAUAAGCCGCCAGCCCAAUAUCUUUGGGAAGUUUAAGCGAACUUUGGGACAAUUUACACCAGCACAGUGGGACAAAGAUGAAUGGCACCCAUUGCUUGGUCCAUGGCGGUUUAUUCAAGUUCUCAGUCUUUGCAUUGUCUUCUUGACGGUUGAGCUUAACACCUUUUUCCUAAAGUUUUGUCUUUGGAUUCCUCCUCGAAACCCGCUGAUCAUUUAUAGAUUGAUCUUGUGGUGGCUAAUUGCAAUACCGACAAUUCGUGAAUACAAUACAUACCUCCAAGACAGAAAACCUGUGAAGAAGGUUGGAGCAUUUUGUUGGCUUUCACUUGCUAUAUGCAUUAUUGAACUUCUAAUUUGCAUCAAGUUUGGACAUGGUCUGUAUCCUAAGUCUAUGCCUAUCUGGUUGAUAAUCUUCUGGACUUCCAUUGGAGUGGCCCUAGGAUUAUUCUUGAUUUUGUGGUCAUACAAGAAUUUACAGAGAAAGCGACGAUGAUUUCGUCCAUGUGGUACAUUAUUCUUUGAUUCCUUCAUGCUUUUUGGGUAUUCAUCGGUUGUUGUAAAUACCUAUCACAUUAUAAGUUGUAAAUGGUUAUUCCUUUAGGUUAGCGGAUCGUAGUUUCUUGAGCAGAGAAUAUUAAUUCUUUCAUUUUAGGUGGUGGGAAAUGCUUUUAACAUCAUGCUCUUGAGUUGUAGUUUGCCAAUAUUGCAAAUUUUUAUCGAGUCUUAGCAUCAUGGAGCUCCCAUUUCGAAUUUUACAUGUAUUCCAGCUUAGUUUGUUGCAAUCUCAAUUUAUUCAGUGCAUUUGCCAACGUUGCACUGUGAUAUCAUAAUGUUCUCUGAAGUUAUGCAUUGUGAAUACUUGAUGAAGAACCCAA